ACACGACCGGUGCUCGCAGCGUGGUAGGCUCGCAUCGUGACCGUACCGUGCCCGCCGCCACCUACCCAACACACGGCUACCAUGUACAAGCCUGAGGUCCUACUGCUGUGCUGUCUGCCAGUCUGCUUGCUGCUGGCCGGCCAGGCCGACGCCAACAUCAGCUCCUGCGUCCGCAACUGCGGCCAGUGCAAGAACAUGUACGGCCGCUUCUUCCAGGGCACGGCCUGCGCAGAGGCGUGCCUGGCCGGCAACGACGGGCCCGACUGCUACAACCCCUCCACGGUGUCGCGCUUCCUCAAGCGACGCUCGGUGCCGGCCGCGCCUGACGCGACGCUCGGCGGCGCUACGAGUACUACAGCGUCGACGGCCAGCCGGAGCCGGCGCCUCCGGCGGGCGGUCUGA